UUGAUAAUUUAUUUUAUUUUCUUUUUUGACACAGGUCACGUUAAUUAUGGCCACUGCUACUAGCAGCAGCUCUUGCCCUCACUGUGGUGGGUCUGAGAUAGAGAAAGACACCGCGAGGGGUGAUGCUGUCUGUGUUGGAUGUGGUGUCGUCCUGGAAGAGGACAUUAUCGUGUCAGAGCUAACCUUCCAGGAGCAAAGCAGCGGAUCCUUGGCCCUCGUGGGACAGUUCGUAUCUACUGAAUCUGGCGGUGGUGGUUCGAAAGCUCCUAGUUUGGCUGGUUUCAAGUAUUCGCAUGGCUUGAAUAAAAACUCACGGGAGGCCACACUUCAACAAGCUAAGAGACGCUUGACACACUUGGGGUCUCAGCUGAAGCUGAAUCAGCAUUGUAUUGAUAUGGCUUUUGGUUUCUUUAAGAUGGCGCUCCAGCUCAAUCUUACAAGAGGUAGAAAAUCAAGUAUAAUGGAUACUGCUUGCCUCUAUCUGGUCUGUAGGAGCGAAGGAACCCCACAUAUGUUACUUGACUUCAGUGAUGUACUCCAGAUUAACGUCUACUCUUUGGGGAGAGCUUACCUGAGACUUUCAACAGCUCUACACAUCAACCCACCAGCAUUAGACCCAUGCUUAUACAUCCACAGGUUUGCUCAUAAACUUGAAUUGGGUGACAAGGUCCAUGAUGUCUCUAUGACUGCCCUGAGGUUAGUUGCCAGAAUGAAGCGAGACUGGAUUCAUCAUGGCCGUCGUCCUGCUGGCCUCUGUGGAGCAGCUUUACUUGUGGCUGCUAGGCUGCAUAAUUUCAAUCGCUCCGUGAAGCAGAUCUCGAAAAUUGUCAAACUCUCAGAAGCAACCAUAAGAAAAAGAUUGGAUGACUUUCAGAACACGCCCUCGAGCUGUCUAACCAUAGAAGAAUUCCUUAAAAUUGACUUAGAGUACGAAAAUGAUCCUCCAUGCUUCCUUGAGGCGAAGAAGAAAGGCAAAGAGAAACAGGUUGAUAAAGGGGAUGGAGGGGAUGAAGAUGGAGACAAAGAAGAUGACGACUCAAGCGAUGAUGACAGUGGCCUCAAGAGACUGGGUUUUGGUGGUAUAGUGGGUAUGCAGUCGGUGCAGGAUAUUAUUGCUAAAGCACGUGUGAGUGAGGAAAUACUUCAAUUGUCUACUGCUGGUCUUACCGACGACCUCUCUGACCUCGUCCACCUAGUGGAGGAGGAAGAAGGGAAUAAAUCCAGCAACGAAGAAGAAGAAUCUAUUUCAGCAACUGCAGGGGAAAGUGCAGUAAAAGAGACAGAGGAGCUAGAUUUAGAAGGAAUUGAUGAUGAAGAAAUAGAACAAAUGCUGCUAUCGGAGGAAGAAGUGAAAAUAAAGUCGCAAUUAUGGUUUGCCGAAAAUGGAGACUUUCUCAAAGAAAUGGAAGCAAGAAAGGAAAGACUAGCAGCAGUAGAAGCUAAAAAGGAAGGAAACAAAGGAAAGAGGACGGUUCAUAGACCAAAAAAAGAUCGUACCCAUCAGUCUCCUGCUGCCACUGCAGGCGAAGCUAUAGAGAGAAUGCUAGUGGAGAAGAAACUGUCCUCAAAAAUAAACUAUGACGUGUUAAGGGACUUGGAAAGAGAGCGAGAGCUGGAGAUGAGUAGUGACAUGAGUAGCACUGCGACUAGAAUAUUGAGAGAGACCGAUCAGUUUAGGGGGCACGAGAGAGCCACUUCUCUUCUCUCCAUCGAUACUUCGUCAAGUAGGACAGGGUCGACUAGACUACCAUCCCUUGCCAAUAGGAAAAGAAACUUACUGACCUCGUCUCUCCCUGGAAGCAAGUUUCAGCGAAUGUCAGCAACUAUUAAAUCGCCUCAAGAAACUGCUCCGGAAAAAGAUGAAGCAUCACUUGAAGAUUUACCUGUAAUAGAAGAAACAGGACCCAUCCAGCCUAUUCUAGAAGAGGAGGAGGAAGAGGAAGAGGAGGGAGGAUUAGGUGAUGGGGAUAUAGAGGAACUCAUUUAUGAUGGGGACCCAUUAGUUAAUAGCGACUGUGAAGAUAGUUUUUAUGAUUAGCUUAGACUAUAAUACUAUCAAUCUCUCUCAAUGUAUAAUAUUUCAUUUUUUAUUUAUGAUUGAUUCAAGUUGAUUAUUAUAUGCAAA